UGCUACUCGGCUUCAGGAGCACAAAGACUUAUAAAAGGAAUAUCGGAAAGUUGAAUUUCCUUCAGAACACACCCUGAUAGAUUUAACAGAUAAAGGAUCUGCUGGAAAGGGUGCUGUAAGAUCGGGUAGUUGUCUGUUAGUUAAUCGAAACGCGUAAAAGUGAUUCAGAAGUCGUACAUAUGCAGAAUAACGUUCAUCUCCACGCGUCCCGAAGGAUAUCAGCUCAGGUGUUCACGUCAAGUUCUCUUGGAGUUUUGCAUCCCUCUAAGGACUUGCUUCGCUUGUGAUAAAACCUCUUGUUCACCGGUUAGGAGACUACUAUCAUUUCACAGUCUAUUAACAAAGUACACGCUGAACAUGAGCAGAAAAACACGCCGCUGGAUUUUUCACAUGUUCCUCUGUUUGGGGAUUAUAUAUUUGAAGAUUGGGGGCUUUUCCUCCGUGGUUGCGUUGGGAGCAAGUAUUAUCUGUAACAAAAUUCCUGGUUUGGCCCCUCGUCAAAGGACUAUCUGUCAAAGCCGGCCUGACGCUAUCAUUGUCAUUGGAGAAGGAGCGCAAAUGGGAAUCAAUGAGUGUCAGUUUCAAUUCAAAAAUGGAAGGUGGAACUGCUCGGCCCUCGGGGAAAGAACUGUCUUUGGAAAAGAGUUGAAAGUGGGCAGUAAGGAGGCAGCCUUCACCUACGCCAUCAUCGCUGCCGGGGUCGCCCAUGCCAUCACGGCGGCCUGCACACAGGGUACGCUGAGCGGCUGUGGCUGUGACAAGGAGAAGCAGGGCUUCUACAACCAGGAGGAAGGCUGGAAGUGGGGAGGAUGCUCGGCUGAUAUUCGCUACGGUCUAAGCUUCUCAAAGGUGUUCGUAGACGCCCGGGAGAUCAAGCAGAACGCCAGGACACUCAUGAACCUCCAUAACAAUGAAGUGGGACGUAAGAUCUUGGAAAAGAACAUGCGUUUAGAGUGUAAAUGUCAUGGUGUAUCUGGAUCCUGCACCACCAAGACUUGCUGGACCACUCUCCCAAAGUUCCGGCAGCUGGGUUACAUCCUUAAGGAGAAGUAUAACCACGCUGUGCAUGUGGAACCGGUCCGAGCCAGUCGGAACAAGAGACCUACCUUUCUGAAGGUUAAAAAGCCUUACUCGUACCGGAAGCCCAUGGACACGGAUUUGGUGUACAUUGAGAAGUCGCCCAACUAUUGUGAGGCAGAUCCAGUGACGGGUAGCAUGGGAACCCAGGGCAGGAUCUGCAACAAGACUGCGCAGCAAGCCAAUGGCUGCGACCUCAUGUGCUGUGGCCGAGGAUAUAACACACACCAGUACUCACGUGUGUGGCAGUGCAACUGCAAGUUUCUCUGGUGUUGCUACGUCAAGUGCAACACCUGCAGUGAACGGACUGAAGUGUACACGUGCAAGUGAAAUAUUUAUUGCUGGGGUAUUGAUACACGCCUGUGAUUUAUGUGGUAGAGGGUGUGCAAGUGUUGCAACAAGGAUGACCACUGCUGUGGAUUCCAGGUAUUGAGAGGAAAGAGCCAUUUGCACUGGAAAACGUGGGUCUGGUGGAGUCUAGACGGAGUAAUUGGAUGCAAUGUUUGCAGCUUUGCUCCACAUCUCUGCUGAAGGCUUCGGUGUUGGUACCAGUAGACACCUUUCUGUUCCAGUACUGAGCAACAGAGCGAAGUAGCCGGCAAAGGCUUGAUCUGUGGACAUGAGAAAGAUGUGGGGUGUGAUUGAGGGCGUUCUGCUCCGUAGAUAGUACAGAAGGGAUUUUUGAGGAGCUUUUUGUCCUGAGGGAUUGACGUUACAAAUCUUACAACAUACAUGGACACAACGAUGAUAUUUAACUUUUAAUUUAGAGAAAAUGGCUAAUGUUAAUUUAUUUAAUAAGGAAACUACUGAUUUUUCUCAUUGUUUACUAGCUUAGAUUUAGCUCUUCUCCUGUUUUCAUAUUGUGUUUUGCAUGGAAAUAAACUGACCAACUUAUACACUGUACAUCAUGUGGUUUAGCUUAGGGAUGAAACGACGACAAUGCAUGAUGCAAAAACAAGUGCGCUGCACUCAAGGUGUAAUUACUAGUCUCUGAAAGCCGAGACUAUACUGUCUUUAAUGUAUCAUUGUGAGUCUUUGUGCUUCCAUUUCCCCCACUCCUUCGGUGUCAACCCUUGCACAUAUAUUCAUAUGUACAAAUACACACUGGAAUUGUGCAUCAUGUUUAAAGGCUCAUUCCUUCCAAAGCGAAUAAAUGUAGUGUCAUUCUUUUUUAACAUUGGUCCACAAGAACAUUUGUGCUCUAAAUGGCUUCAAAUUGGAAUAGCCCAAGCAAAAUGAGCGUAUUUACAUGGGAACUAAAUUCUACCCACUUACACUUAAACUUUAUGACCUCGAUUGACAAAGCUUUAUGCUAAUGAGGCCACAAGCUCCCCUCGCUUUUGGCUAAUAUUUGCUCUGUUGGCAGAGAAAGAGAUUCGGUACUUAAUUCACUUUGGAAUGGAACAGCCUCGAUACAGAUGCCCCACCUGCUACUGAUGUGGAAUGUUGAGAUCAGAUAACCAAUUCUAUUAAUGUUAUAUAUUAUAGGUAAUAUAACACUUUUUGCUGCUAGUUUUGUUCUGUUCUGCAACGGUAGUUAAUACUAGUAGUAUUUUGUGUGUUGUGAGCAAAUGUGGUUGUUCAGACAGAUUGUCCCUGUGUUGACAUAUAUUUUGUAAGAGAUUAUUUUUAUAUGAGUAUUUUAUUUAUUUUUGUGUAAAGGAAAAACCCACAACCAAUGUCCUUUUAGAUGGACAGAAAUUAGAGAGAUAAGCUAGAAACAAUGUGAUUGUGUCAUGGUACCAGCUUGAGCUUGAUAAGUUUAUGUAAACUACAUCUCAAUGAAGUAUCACUCAUAGUGGUGUAGUUAACCAAGUACGUUCGUAAUGAUGAAAUGAUUGCAUAUUACAAGACGAUCAUACUGGUGUUCAAACAUUCGAGUUGCAUUUUCAUGACAAAGGUCCUGGAUGUGGGAUCAGUAAGGGAAACUAGUGAAAUAACCCUGGGACAAAACUCUGGUACUGAGAAAAAUUCAUAACCAAGGGUUUUUACCAAAGAACAUCUGAAUUUGAGCAUGGCGCUUUGUCAAGAGUCUAAAAACAGGAUGGCAUUGAUGCAGUUUUUUUUGCAAAAUCAGUGAUUUCAACAGAUGUUUUGCCAAAUUGAUUGUACUUCAUGAUUGUGUCAUCAUAAAUUGUGCAUUAUGUUUUGAACAGUGUUAAUAAAUGUUUCCUUGGCUUGCA